CCAACAUCAUGAUCGAAGUUGAGUGCGAUGGCGAGGGCUGAGUGGCAGUGGGGAAUGGCUCAGGCGCCGCAUUCAUUGGUCUUUGCGGGACGUCACUGGUGAGGUGAAUGGCGUCUGCCGCAGUGCUCUUCAAAGUGGCUGGGGCAAAAACUUUAUGUUCGCGCGGGCAGGCAGACAUUGCCCCUGCAACGCCCCAGCGAUUCGCUUUCAGGACACUUCCUCCAUCUCUGUAUGAGGGAUUGAGGCUGGGCCGGUUUCAUUCCGACUACAGGGUGGGGUCAGGAUUGAGGCGUUUCUCGCCGAGAGCAGACAUUCCCCGGGAUGGAGCAGAGUCUCCCGGAAGUUCCAACUUGGUUGACAGCGUGCCUCAUGCUGAACAGGUCAAGGAUGAGGCACAGCUCCUCAAGUCGAGCAUCAAGCGUGUGGAGAAGGAGAUUGACGAUGUGGAGAACCAGAUCAAGACUGCUGCGGCUGCAGGCGAGAGCACAGAGUUCUUGCAGCGGGAGAAGGCCGCGCUGCGGCAGAAGGAGGCCGCGCUGGAGCAGCGACUGACCGCGCUCGCGCAGGCGGAGGUGGAAAAAUUGAAGCUGCAGCAGACAACAGCGGCGGGGUUUACAGACCCUGCAGUCUUGGAGAGGCUCCAGAAGUAUGCUGAGUCCAUCGCGCAUGCGAACACCGCCAGUGGAGUCAUCCAGAUUCCGCCCGAGCUCAGGGAGGGAUUGCCACCAGGCCUAAAGGACAGCAUUCUAAUUCGGGAGUGCUACCGCCUGGUGCUGAAGAAGCUCGAGGCUCUUGGAAACGACUUUGCGGUUGUCCUGAGUGGCACCCCGGGCAUCGGAAAGUCUGCCUUUGCGGUUCUCCUCCUGCACCACUUGGCAGAGCAGGGGGCACAGGUGGCCUACAGGUACACGGACACCAUCAAUAAGGACACCAUCCUUUUCUUUGAUUUCUCCAAUCCGUCUGCAAUCCAUGUCAAACAGGCUUCGGAAGGCGAUGUUGACUGGCGAUCCCUUCGAGCUCUCUGCAAGUGCCCUUCUGUCUGGCUACUCCAAGAUGGACGAGCUCCCCGCGAGACGCAAUUCCCGGGUGAAGGCCGCUGGGUGGUGCUGUGCUCGCCAAAUGCAGACAAUUAUGCGGAGUUCGUCAAGGGGAAGUAAGUGUUUGGACCGACGUCAACAGACGCU